AUGGUUGAGUUGAAUAACAACAAUAAAUGCGACCACAAGUCGACGGAAUUUUCAAUAUCACCAGAAAGUGAGAACAAAUCCAAUGUCUUUGAUUUGACACAAAGCGAAGACACUGACCAUACGAUCAGCAGUCCGUCGACAUCGAGUCCCGAAGAGAUACCAAACAAUGAAACCCUUUUGUUGACCGAAAACACAAUCCCCGCAAACGAUGAGGCGAUCGAUAAUUUGUCGGUCGUUUCUGGCGAUGGCUAUCAAAGUGACAACUGGUCCGUCGCCUCACAUAAACAACAGCAGAGGUGAGUCUAUACUUACACUCUUCCUAUGGCUGUAUAUUUGCGUUAUAUAA